CAGGGAACAGACGCUGAAACAAAGCUGGAAGAUAUAAAAAGCGACUCACAUCCAUCCGUAGAUUAACCUCCAGUUCACACCGUCAAGCCAACAGCAUCUGUUUUUUCCCGCCUUCAUCUCCUCGAUGUUUGAGUUGUCUCGUUUUCCGGCCUCAAACCGCGUUUAACUGCAUUGCCUCUGCGUCUCCAGUCUGUUUCCCCCUCCUUCUCUUCCUGUUACUGGUAAUCACAGUGCUGUGAAAGUGCUUUUUUGGGGGGGAAGUGGAUUGACCUGCUCGAAGUUCUUUUGAUAUUUUUUUUUUACCCCACUUCUGUGUGUUUUAACAUCGCUGCUCGGCCCCUGAUUAUGUUUAGGUUUGUUUUUUUUCUCCAAGCCCGGGACUGGAUGUUACUUUAGGAUGCAAAAGCAAGAUGAAGUUGAGUAGUUUCUGUAGCCGUCGGUGCUCUGAUAUGAGAUAGGCGACCUGCAUCUGCAACAUUGACUGUAAUCCUCAGGUCAGAGUGGCUCAGACGCAUUCAUUUUUGUGGACAACAGUCAGAGUGCAAGAUGAGGUGCCUCUGUGACUUUUUAAAUUGCACUUAAGAAAGAGAAAGAGAGAGUGGGUUGUAUAGCCUGCUUCUGCUGCAUGAACAGACGAUUUAUUUCUUUAGCUGCCUAAACGAGUUGGGUUCUUGUAUCUGAGAGGAGACUGGGAACUCUGGGAAAAGAAGAGCGCAGAGUGGUCCUCUCUUCCUCUCUAUCCCUAACCUUAAAAUAUACAAACGCACGAUAAAAAAAUGAAGAAGUUUCGGAAGGUGUUGGACGGUUUGACCACCUCCUCUCCGGGAGGGACUAUCGGAUCUCCAUCGUGCGGGAGCGCGGCCGGGACUCCCACCGCGGCGCCAACUCCCAAAGAAAUCGACGUCCAAGAGACGCUAGUGUCGGAAAACUUUCAGCUGUGUAAGACUGUUCGUCAUGGUUUCCCUUACCAGCCCACUGCUUUGGCCUUUGACCCUGUGCAGAAGCUCCUGGCCGUUGGCUCCAGAUCAGGCGGCGUACGGAUACUGGGACGACCCGGGGUGGACUGCUUCUGUCAGCAUGAGAGCGGAGCAGCUGUUCUUCAACUGCAGUUCCUCAUCAAUGAGGGGGCGUUGGUCACAGCCUGCGCGGAUGACACGCUACACUUGUGGAAUCUCCGUCAGAGGCGGCCAGCUAUCCUGCAUUCACUCAAAUUCAACAGAGAGAGGAUCACGUUUUGCCACCUUCCCUUUCAGAGUAAAUGGCUGUACGUGGGGACGGAGCGCGGAAACACACACAUCGUCAACAUCGAGUCCUUCAUAUUGUCGGGAUAUGUCAUCAUGUGGAAUAAGGCCAUUGAACUAUCAACUAAAACUCAUCCAGGACCUGUGGUUCAUUUGAGCGACAGCCCGAAGGAUGAAGGCAAGCUGCUUAUCGGGUUCGAGAGUGGGACGAUUGUACAGUGGGACCUCAGGGUCAAGAAAGCCGACUUCAGAAUCUACUACGAUGAGGCCAUCCAUUCAGUCGGCUGGCAUCAUGAAGGGAAGCAGUUCAUGUGCAGUCACUCAGACGGCAGCCUGACCCUUUGGAACCUCAGAAACACCACCAAGCCAUUCCAGGUCACCUUUCCUCACGGAAAGAUACAGAAGGAUGGGAGGAAGGAGUCGUGUAAACCGAUUCUCAAAGUUGAGUACAAGACCUCAAGGAGCAGCGAGCCUUUUGUCAUCUUCUCUGGGGGUCUUUCUUACGACAAGGCAGGACGGCGGCCAACAUUAACCAUUAUGCACGGCAAGGCCAUCACUGUGCUGGAGAUGGACUAUCCUAUAGUAGAGUUCAUGGCCCUCUGUGAGACUCCUUACAACAACGAGGUCCAGGAGCCGUAUGCUGUGGUGGUACUUUUGGAGAAGGACUUAAUUGUGGUGGAUCUGACACAGAGCAACUUCCCUGUCUUUGAGAAUCCUUACCCCAUGGACAUCCAUGAGUCCCCAGUUACCUGCACAGCCUAUUUUGCAGAAUGUCCUCCCGACAUUAUCCCCAUCCUGUACUCCAUAGGAGCUAAACACAAGAAGACCGGCUACAGCCAAAAGGAGUGGCCCAUUGGUGGAGGAACGUGGACGUUAGGCUCCCACACCUACCCAGAGAUCAUCAUCACAGGACAUGCUGACGGAUCAAUUAAGUUUUGGGAUGCAUCUGCAAUCACACUACAGAUGUUGUACAAGUUGAAGACCUCCAAGGUGUUUGAAAAGCCAAAGCCAGGUGAGGGCCGGGCUGCUGAAUUGGUGGAGGAAGACCCCUUCGCUGUUCAGAUGGUCAGCUGGUGCCCCCAGAGUCGCAUCUUUUGUGUAGUUGGCAUCUCAGCCCACAUCAUCCUGUAUCGCUUCAGCAAAUGCGACGCCAACACUCAGAUAGUGUCACUAGAGGUGCAUCUGCAGUGUGAGUCAGAGGACGUCAUCUCUCCAUCAGAGAAUGAAAAUAAUCCCUGCUUCUCAGAGCCCGGCUCUCACUCACCCCAACCCCACCACCAACACCCAGCAAGCCCUGGCAGCGGGACAUUGGAGGGUAUCAAAGACAGUAUCCCCUGCCUCAAGGUGAAGGACCGGGUGGUUCGGGUCCCACCUGGCUACCAGGCAGAGCUGGUGAUCCAGUUGCUGUGGACAGAUGGAGAACCUCCACAACAGAUCACCAGCUUGGACAUCAACUCUGCUUAUGGCCUUUUGGCAUUUGGGAACUGUAAUGGCCUAGCGGUGGUGGACUACUUGCAGAAAACCAUCCUGUUGUGUAUGUCGACCCUGGAUCUAUACGGAACCGCCGAUCCCUACCAGCGCCUUACCCGCUCCCCCCGCAGGAACAGACAGUCCACCUCAGGCCUUACUGAACUCUCUGACAACCAGCAGUCUAUUGACAUGGAGAGAAGCAAGUCGCCCACCUCAGUAAAGGGACCCGGCAGAAAGUUAAGUCUGCCAACAGAUCUUAAGACUGAUCUUGAUCAUGUCAAUGGACAUUGCACUAGCCCCACCUCCCAGCCCUGCUCGGCGGGGAAGCCUCGCAUCCCGAUGGGUCCGGAGGGGUCACGGCUUACCCGCAGAGGCCCUGGCCGACCGCCCUUCCGCAAGGCCCAGUCUGCUGCUUGCAUGGAGAUCUCUUUGCCUGUGUCCCACACUGAAGAGAGUCGUGAAAACUCCUUCAGCCGCUCGCGCAGUUCCAGUGUGUCCAGCAUCGAUCGGGACACCAAAGAGGCAAUCACCACACUGCAGUUCGGAGAGUCCUAUGGGCGAAAGAGUGACGCCUUGCCCACCCCGUGUCUGUGGGUAGGCACCAGUCUAGGCGUGGUCCUACUCAUCCCAAUGUCCAUUCCCACCGACCAGGAGGAGAGGAUGGAGGAAUCUGUCACCAUUGGCCCCAGUGGAAUGGUCUUGAUGCUGAAAGGCUCCGUGUUGCGCUUUGGCUUCUUGGACUGCAUGGGAGCACACAUUCAAAGCCCCUAUGAGGUUUGGAGAGACCUCAACGCCCCCGAGGACCCUGAUCGACCACGGAGGCGCAAGCUGGUAAAUUUUUCACCAUCAUCCUCCCAGGAUGCCUGCGGAGAGGGACAUCUGGCUGUAGUGUGCUCUGAGAGACAGGCCAAAGUAUUCUUGAUGCCCUCGCAGUCUUGCCUCUUUGUCCACAACAUCACCGAAUCAUCCUUUGUACUGCGAGCCGACGUGGUAUCUGUUUGUAACAGCGUGUGCCUGGCCUGCUUCUGUGCUAACGGACACGUCAUGACGCUCAGUUUGCCCAGUCUAAGACCGCUGAUGGAUGUCAAUUACCUGCCUCUGACAGACAUGCGCAUUGCAAGAACCUUUUGCUUCACCAACGGGGGGCAGGCGCUGUAUCUCAGCUCCCCGACAGAGAUCCAGAGAAUUACAUACAGCCAGGAGAUGUGUGACAACCUGCAGGAAAUGUUGGGAGAGCUGUUUACACCAAUAGAAACGCCAGAAGCCCAGAACAGAGGCUUUCUAAAGGGCUUCUUUGGAGGAAAUGCCCAUACAUUCGACAGAGAGGAGCUCUUUGGUGAGGCAGCAGCUGGAAAGGCUUCUCGGAGUCUGGCCCAGCACAUUCCUGGGCAGGCGGGGUUGGAGGGCAUGAAGGUUGCAGCUAGCGGAGCCGUGGGUGAUCUGGCUCGGGCUCGCAUUGCUCUGGAUGAGAGAGGCCAGAGACUGGGAGAGCUGGAAGAACGCACCGCCCUAAUGAUGACCAGUGCAGAAACCUUCUCCAAACAUGCUCAUGAGCUGAUGUUAAAGUGCAAGGACAAGAAGUGGUACCAGUUCUAAAAGCAGGACAGACGGUUGAGACUGCCCUUGGACCGCUGGGAGCUUUAUGCCAGGAUGGGGACUUUCACUCUGCAGAUGAGACAGAAAGAAAGACUCAAGAGUGACUUUGUCUUUGCUGCUUCUGAACUGGCUAUACGUACGGCACUGUCACACUGUUGAUGGACAAGGACAGGUUCCUUGUCUAGAUAUGUGAUGAGAAGGACAGAGAGAGGAUGGCAGCACCUGACGAGCUGAAGAUGGAACCGGAGAUAACCGACAAGUCUGUCUGUGUGUGGGUGGGUGUGUGUGCGUGCGUGCGUGCGUGCAGGUGUGCGUGCGAGUACGUGUGUGUGGUUGGGUUUUAUGGACCUCACUGUGUAGAUACUCAAAAGUUAAGAAACCAACAUGAAAUGCAUGAAACUAAAAUGGAUGACUAUUAAAAAUAUCCAACUGCCAUAUUAAAAAGCAGCAUGCUACUUUAACAGGAGAUACAAAAAUAAAAAGUUUUAUUUAAUGAUAUAAGCCAACAACAGAAACUAUGAAAAACUUUAUAUUUUUUGAAAUAUUGACAAAAAACUAUAUAUAAAAAGGGAAAUGUAUACCUGCAUUGCUAUUAAGCCAAAACUUGUGUUCCUUUCCCUUUUUUAUUUUCUUUUUUUUUUGGUUUGUUAAAAUGUUUUUCUUAGUCUCAGCAAAUAUUACUUGACACAGUAUAAAUGCACAUAGUUAGCUUUCUCUACACACACUAAAAAUAAUGCUACUGUAAAACUAUGUUCUUACCAUUUACUCUGGGCUGCACAGUGCAAACACAGAUCAGUAGUAUUUACACUUAACUCUGCACAGUCUAAUCACUCUGAUUUAAUUUCACUUUUCGGCUGCUGCUACUUACAAAAGUGUUAAAUGAUGUGGAAUAUUUCACUCCCCAACCAGAAUUGUAUAAAAAACAGAGAACAGAUAAGCGUGAGACGUAUGCAAAGGCUUAAAAGAGUUAAAAAUGUAUUCUGGACACAGUGUGUUUAUAAACCUAUGUACUAUUCACGUGCCAUAAAAAACAAGAUGAGUGAAUCCACUCACUGUAAACUAACUAACAAAGAGCUAAUAUGUGGUAGUCAGAUGAGACAUAGACCUUGGAGUUGGCCACAGAGGGCAUUUUUCAAAAGUCAAAUAAGUCUGUUUUCUUUUAAAGACAAAAAAAAAAUACAUGAGGGUGUUUUUUAUUUAUUUUUUUGUUCUUGCUGGUUCACCAUUUCAGUCUUUAGCUGCCUUUGUCAAAUGUACAAGUUCAGUGAGCCAUUAGGUUGUGUGUAUGUGUGUGUGUGUGCGUGUAAGAGAGCAAGAGUGCCAUACAUGUUUAAAACAACACACUCUUUCUCUGCCAAAGCAAUCAGAAAUGAAUGACACGCUCCCAUCUCUCUCCACCUCCGUCUUUUAAAAGUCGUGAUUUGCGCGUUUUCAGCGUUUUCGAUAAAAAAAACCCGGACGGCCCUCUUUUCAUAAUCACAAACACUUUGUUUGUUUUAGUGAUCGUCGCUGUCUGUGUGAUGGCAGUACAAAGAGGAGUUGGCAUCACGUCCAUUUAAUCGCUACCAACUCCCUCGUGAGUCGUUUAUCAGUCAAUGGUUCAGGAGAAGUUUUUUUUUUUUUUUUUUCCCAGUAAUGUUCAGAUGUGAGUCAGUGAAGAAACUAUGUACAUGUGUAAAACAUUUGCAACAAUUUCAACUGAAGGCAAAUAUGUUACUUUUUUGGUUCAAUAUUGUUCUUGAUGACUAUGAUAUCCUCUUGUCGCAGUCCUAUAUUUGAUGGUGAUGGCCUCUCAAAGGAAGGCUCUUGUAUGUUAAAAACAACAAAUGUUUCAUGAUACAUGGUUGUGUAUCAUAUCGUGAUUGUGUUGUACAUGUCAAUGGGUAGCCACAUGACGCGGGCAAACAGCAUUAACUGAGGAGGAUAUCUUGUACUUGUGUAUUUGUCUGUAGUUUGAAUUGAUCUGAAAAACCAAACAGAGGAUUAUUGAUAUCAAUCUCUCACACAUCAGGCCUUUAUGCACACAAGCGUCGACACAUAUUAAGCAUUCUAGCCUUGAUCGUGUUGUCGUCAUUCUCACGUAAAAAUAUGCACAGCGACAUAUACACUCAAAGCCUAAAAAAAUAAGAAACACAGACACAAGUGAGUCUCUCUGCAUUGCUAGUCAUUUCUGCCUGCUUCCUGCCAGGCUGCUGAGACAUUCCUUAGGCUUAAAUGGCCUUCAAAACCAUUUGUUUGUCACCAAACCUAAGUCACCUGAAAUCCAAAAGCUGAGCCACAUGGAUUUUAGGAAUUACACGUUAUUUGACUCAAUGAGGUGUCUUAAACUUGACAAUAAAAAAAAAAAAAUCAAUUUCUCUCCUAUCUCUGUACCGUCAAUGAGAUUUGUGUUCAGUGCAGUUCUUUCAGUUGCAGAGAAAACUAACAAAAACAGAAAAUUGAAAAAAAAAAAAUCAGACUUCUAAUGACAGGGUGUUUUGUUAGUAUGUUUUUGGUUUGUAUGUUUUUGGUUUUUAUAUUAACUGUACAGUUCAAUCUUGGGAGAAAGGUGAAACAAAAAAAAAAAAAUGAUAAAAGAUAAAGACAUUCUUGGGAUAUUUUUCUCUGUAUAUGUUGUACCUGUUACUGCUGGUACUGUAUCUGGUAUUCUGGCUCUGUCUAAAUCACUGGAACUCUGUAGUUCUUCGCACUGUAGUAUCCUGAAAAAUCAUUUCUCUGGUUUUCUCAAUGAUGGCAGCAAAGUUUGUCUUAUUUAAAUGGAUUCUACCACUUUUUGUUCCUAUUGAUAUUAUACUAGUGUAAUAGAAAUUACUUGACAAAAAAGAAAUGAAAAUAUGUUGAUGCAAAAGCAAACUGAAAUAAACAUUGAUUGAUGUA